AAAGGUCCAUGCCACAUGUUGCUAUUCGGAGAGAAAUUUGGAAGCUUAAGAAGAGCUUUGUUGAUAGCAACAAAUAUGGCGCUGCUACUCCGCGAUCCCAGCGGAGCGAACUACGGAAAUACUGAACAGGAGCUUCAAGACAGGAUUUUAAGCGUUUACGGCAGUAACGAAAAUGACGACCAUUUGUUCAGACCAGACCUUGCAGACCAACACAAGGUUGGUUUCUUUGGUCUGGACCGAGCUUCUCAGACGGAUGUCACGGAGGUUGUUGACCUGAAGGAGAUGACCGAGGUUCUACAAAUUCUCCUCAGGGAUGUUGAUGAGCUGAAAAGAGACAUAAACCUCACUAAGCAUGUGAUGCAGGCUGAUUACGAGUCAAAACUUCGAGAAAGAUCCCUCGAAUUAUACUGUAGAAUAAAUGAGAGGGUGUCAGACUUGGAAAAGAUGCAUGAAGAGAGAGUAGGGACGGUUCGUCGAGCCUUCAGACAACAGUUGUCGGAUGCUAUUGCCAGAGUUGCGGUGCUUUAUAAUAAAAACCUCCAGCGAAAGGUUCGUCAAGAGAAGUCUCAAAAUGAGAGUGACGCAGACCUCCGGGAAGAACGUUACAAGGAGCUGCAAGCCACGAUCCAGAGGAACGAGUCCAUUAUACAGAUGCUGAAGAGCCAGAUUGAACAGCUUCAGAAUAACCGAAGUCAAUCUGUUAGUCCAUCCCUAGAUGACUCAGAAAGGCCCUCUGCGGUCACCCCACAAACUCCGAGUUCCGCGGGUAAAGUUAUGAGUUAUGCGGAUACCCCACCAGGGUCUGCUGUCACACCCGUCCGUCCGCCGAGCGUCCGCGAAAGGGGUGUACAAGUUGCCAUCAAACCUGUGAUGAAGUCAAAGGAGGUCCAGAUAGAGGGGUCAUUGCAUUCGAAAACACCAAGUGUCAAUUACGAGGCAGAGGCGUUGAGGGAUGAGCUAGAUGCCGCCACCCAGAGACUGUCUUCCUUGCAAGACAGCCUUCAGGAGCGUGAGGAUGAAAACACAAAACUCAGUAAAAAGGUUGACAGUUUGGAUGACGAAUUGACAAAUGAAAGAAUGGAAAAAGAAAAGCUGAGGAUGGAGAUCCAAUCAAUCCAUUCAGCGUUGCAACAGGACAAGGCAAACUCACAGAAAAUGCACUCAGCUAUGGAUGGCGCAAAUGAUGAAAUGAUCGAAAAACAGAAGGAAGAAAUGGAAAAGUUGAUGCAGGAAAGACUAAGGCAGGCGCAAAUGCAAAGCAGCCAAACCUUGGAGGAGGAAGCAAAGGCUCGCCAGAAAGCGGAGAAAGAAAAGCUGGCUUUCAUGUAUGACCAAGAGAAAAAACUGAAGGAAGAACUUGCCAGGGAAUAUCGGCAGCAAUUGAAUGAGGAGAGAGCCAAACUUGCAGAAGCACUUAAAGGUGAUACUGAUGUGAACAAGUUGAGAAAGCAGGAGCAGGCUCUCCGGGAAGAGGUGGCAAGAUUGAAGAAAGAAAUUGAGCGCAUCCAUAAGACUUGGGAAAAGAAAUUUGCUAUUCUGCAACAGAGCCUACACGCCCUGAAGGACGAGAGCUACAUUCGUCAGCAGCUACAGAGACAGGCAGCCAAUCUUCACCAUGCUGCGGUCUCAUACUCAGUGGACUCCCCGCUCGGCAUUCAUCCAACAAAAAACAGGAGUUCCGUGAAAAGACCACUACCUGAGAUCCCAAAGUACAGUAAGCCAGUGAACCCUGGGGCUACCCCAGGUGGUUUUGCAGAUAAGGACUAUAUCUCAUAUACCGUGUCUGCCCCCAGCGGAAGAGGAACUGCCAUCUUCUCAGCUGAUGAGAACCAGAUUAUGUCUGAAACAGAUCGUGAGGACAUUCCCGCUGAUGUUGUUCCUCUACCUGACCGACCAACUAGAAACUCUGCCCCACCCUCCAAGACGUCCAGUCCAGUAAAGCAACACAAAGGUCCCGUGAUCAUUGUUCCUCAUGUCACGUGACACAAAUACUGUUUUUAACUGUUGUACAUAGUGCAAAAUAGCAAAGCCUCUGCAAAAUCCGUGUGUUGUUUUGAACUGGUUUCACACUAAAUGUCUUUUACUGCUGGAUAAUGUAAAUACAUUUACUGCUGAAUUGGCGUUUAUGUUGAAUUAUCUGCAAUAAAAGUCAUUUACUGCUGAAUUGGGAUUCACAGUGAUUAUUGUGAAUUGCUGAAUUCGUUUCACUGAUAAUUCCGUUUCGCGAUUAAUGUCAUUUACUGAUUAAAUGGCGUCACUGCCUAAUUGGUUACAUAAUGAAUGUCAUUUACUGCUGAAAUGGGUUUCUCGAUGAAUUUUAUUUACUGCUGAAUUUGUAUCACUGCUGAAUCGGUUUCGAGAUGAAUGCCAUUUACCGCUAAUUGCGUAUCACGAUGAAUGUCAUUUAAUUGUAAUUUACUGCUGAAUUUAUUUCAUGAUAAAUGUCAUAUACUGCUGAAUUUAUUUUACGAUGAAUUCCAUUAAUGUAUGAUUUUAAGCUGUGUCGUGUUUGUGAGAUUUAAUUAAUGAUAUAAUGCUGCUAAUAAUUGUUUAUUGUUGUUGUAUGCAUUAUUUAAUAAACCAUAUGAAAUAAAUUGUUACAUGUGUUUAAUGUACAUGCACGUUUGUCAACGUCUUUUACCUUCAAUUUUACAAUAAAAAAUAACUCAAUAAUUAGUUACAUAAAUAAAUAUAUCAAAGAAAUAUUGUCCUAAAACCAUAGAUAUGAUAUUUCUGCGGGAUAUAUAAAUAAUAACUUUACCUUUGAGCUUAAAUGAUAAAUUUACCAAUGAG